CAGGUUCCGGUCAUGUCCACAGUUGGCCUCCAUCAUGAACACGUCCCAGGACUCUCCCGGCAGCGAUAUGGCGCCGAUCACCGACCAGGACGGCAACAUCAUGCACACGGCACCGACCGUCCGCAACAGCCUCUACGUGGAUCUCCCGAGGAUCGAAUCCGGGAGCCUCCGGUCAGCCGCGGGCACGCCCACGCCGCCGUCCACCCCGGGGAGCAAGCGGCGCGACCCGAUGACCACGUCCUACAACUCACGCUCCAACGGGGCCUCGCCUUCGUCGACGCCCAAACUCUCCCGCCGGUUCGACACGAGGACUUACUCCGGGGACAGCCAGGGGAUCGUCAUAGACUGCAGCGGGGGUGGAGGGGGCGCCUCGUCGGCGGGCCUCCCUUUGAAGGAGGAGAACCUCCAGCGGCUCGAGGAGCUGUGCGGCCGGGAUUCCGCCGGACACAGGCACCUUCCCGGAGACGAGUGCCACAACGAGCACUGCACGGAGGACGACCGCGUCAGCGACACCGAAGACGGGGGCUCCUCCAUGCACGUGAGCGGGCGCCUGGCCCACCGCCACCACCACCAGCACCACCAGAACCACUACCACCCGGGUUCGGCGGGCGACGACAGCGUGGACAAGUGUAACCGCUGGCUGCAGAGCCUCAAGCUGAACAAAUCGGACAAGAUCAAAUCUCGGAGUCAUAUCCAGCUGCCGCCUAUAUGAAUAAUUUAGCAGGUCGUUGAACCCCCCCCCCCCUGGAAGCCGUCGGGAUACCAGCCCCACACAAGGGAUUCCUCCGAAAUUUCCUUAAAUUAAGGGUUGCUCUGGAGAUACAGUGACACCGACCCAGGAC